CCUCAAAAAGCCCCCUACAAGUCAGUUUUCUUUUCGCUGCGUUUUCUUUUUUGCUGUACAGAACAUUAACAGAAAACUAAAAUGGAACAUGUGGAAGCAUUUAAGCAGAAAGUACAGGAGCUAGGAAUAAUUGUAUACUUUAAGUCUCUGAUUGCCUCUGAUCCAGGAGUAUGUGUGCAGUGUCACUCUCCCUGUGACUCUGAAUUUUGCUCUCCACACUGUGAAAUGAAGUAUUGGGAUGAGUUCAACCAUCAGUACACCUACCAUUCAGGGAAGACUCCACUGUGCAAAUUUCCCAGAUGUUUCAAGACUUGCUAUGUUGAGAAUCACGGUCGUGUUCAUGACUAUUGCAGCAAAUCUCAUGCUGGAGAGCACCAAAAGAUGAAAGAAGUAGCUCAAAGACAGCAACACACUUCCAGAAACCAGAGGGGCAAGGGUAACUUGUGGAGAGGGGGCCAUCAACUAGGAGGCAGAGGUGGAGGUGGAGCAGGGACAUCUCAAGCUGGGCGAUGUCAGCAAGGGCAUACUCGAGGAGGUACCAACUAUUCUCACUGCUCGGAUAGUCAUGGAACAAUCUAUUUCUACAAUCGUGGCGAACCAUACUACGAGUUUACUAACUUCUACAAUGGUGCUGCAUUCAGUCUCGAUGACAGUGAAUGGCCUACUACUGAGCACUAUUUCCAAGCCCAGAAAUUCGUUGGUACACCUUACGUUCGCAAGAUUCGGAAUGCCUUUGGGCCGCGAGAUGCUUUCGAAUUGUCCCGCAAUCCAGCUAUCUCUCGUUGGAGGAGGAGCGAUUGGGAAGUUGUCAAGAUGGAUGUGAUGAGAAAGGCUCUUUUCGCUAAGUUUACUUCACACACAUUUUUGAAAAAUAAGCUUCUUGAUACUGGUAAAAGAGAGCUUGUUGAACGAUCUCCACAUGAUAGCUACUGGGGAGACGGUGGUGAUGGUACAGGAGAGAACCAUCUUGGAAGACUUCUCAUGGAACUGAGGGCAAAGCUGCAAGGUGGUCAGUACAAGGAUGUGGAACGAGAUGGUAUGCAAGCAGGAACGAGUUGUGGCGUUCCAUCAUAUAACAAAUUGACGAGGAAUCCAUUACGUGACAACACACAAUGUAAAGUAGAAGAUGAAGUUGAAGACAUGGAUUAUGAGAAUACUGGGUUUCCAACUGGGUCACUGGUGUUACUAGAUGAUUCGAAUGAAAACGCAUCUGACUAUCCACCGCUUCCAACGCAUUUCAAUGGGAAACCAUUAAUACCCUCCCCAUCACCUACGCCCCCUACUGGUACUGGUGCUGAUGCUGAUGCCGUUGGCACUUGAACUAAGGACUGCGUUAGCUAUACUGUGUAGCUAGUCUGUAUAUGUGUGUUGCUGUAAGUUAGUAUAGUCAUAGAUAAACUAUGGUACAGUGUA